AUGCUCCGCCUACCAUCCAGUAUCCUUCCAUACGCCCCCUCGUACGCCACGGAAUCAGCUGGACUCACCACAUCCAAGGAGGCGUAUGUUCUCUUCCUCCCCUCAGUCACUCACGAAGAAUACCUCCUCGGCGUCCGCGUCCUCCUUUUUGGGUACAAGUACGAUCACGACACCCGCGAUCCUUCACGGGACGUAGUGGUCAUGACUACUCCCCAGGUACCGCUAGAAGUCGAAGAGCUGCUACGGUCGGAAGGGGCCAUCAUCUCUCGGAACGAUCUGAUCACUUCCAUCCCCAUGCUGGGCGAUACCUACCUGGAUGCUGGGUUCCUACUGGUCAGACCUGAUCGGAAGAAGUUUGAGGAGUUACUUCUUGUCCGAGACUUUGCGGGUCUUCUGGGAGAUAUGGAGCAGGCGCUUCUCAACAAGUACUUCCGCAAGGAUGGCCCUCAUCCGUGGACAACUCUGAGGCGACCAUGGGUCAAGGCAGCGCCAGAUAAGACAGAUCUGAUGGCGCCGAAUCCGCCGAUGCUGCACGGGAUGUGCUGGGCUGAAGAGUGCGAUUGGGAGCUUCGAAGUCUGUGGCAUAAGAAGCUAGGCAAGAUGCUGGGUUUCCAUGCGGCCAGGCGGCAGAAGGAAGAAGAGGGCCAGCGAGACUUGUAA